AUGGAAGAUAUUCUGCCCAGCUUGAAAGAGUGGCAGACCCUGGGCGAAGAGAUUGCCCUGGCUACGGUAAUCCGGGUGGAGCGAUCGGCCCCCCGGCCACCGGGAGCGCGGCUUGGCGUAACCCGCGGUGGCCGGAUGGUCGGGUCGGUUAGCGGCGGCUGCGUGGAGUCGGACGUAAUCGAGCGGGCGAUGCAAACGCUGGACUCGGGCAAGCCGGUAGUGGCCAACUACGGCAUCGCCGACGAGUUGGGCUUUCAAGUCGGGCUGAGCUGCGGCGGUUCCAUUGACGUGCUGAUUGAACCCUAUGUCCCGACGGCAGAGUGGGAUGCCUUGACCCAGGCAGUGGUGGGCCGGCAGCCCGCCGUAUUUGCCGUAGGCCUGGCCCCGAAAGCGCUGCUGGGGCGUAAGCUGACGAUUCUGCCGCCUGCAGAGUCUAUCGGGGCAAUUGCGCCUGAACUGGACGAACAACUGGCCAGGGCGGGCAGCCUGCUGCUGGAAACCGGGGGCACCAGGCUGGUAACCCUGCCCUGGCAAGGGGAGGAAGCGCAGGUGUUUCUGGAGGCAUUUGCCCCCCUGCCCAGCAUGGUGAUUUUCGGGGCCACCCACACCGCCAUCUCCCUCAGCCGUCUCGCGGAAGAGGUGGGCUUCCAGGUAACGGUAAUCGAUGCCCGCAGCGCCCUGGCUACCGAGGAACGCUUCCCGUCCGUCCACCGGCUGAUUCGGUCCUGGCCGGAGGAGGCCUUGGCCGAAACCCCUUUGAGCAGCAACUCCUACGUGGUGGUGCUGACCCACGACCCCAAAUUUGACAUCCCCGCCCUGGGCUGCGCCCUCCGUUCCAAGGCCAGGUACAUCGGCGCGCAAGGCAGCCGGGUAACCCAGGAGGCCCGCAGGAAGAAGCUGCUGGAGGACGGGUUUACCGAGGCAGAUCUGGAGCGGAUAAGGGCGCCCAUAGGCUUGGACAUAGGCUCCCGCACACCGGCGGAGUUGGCACUGUCCAUCCUGGCGGAGUUAGUGGCGGUCCGGUACGGGAAGGCGUAG